GGCUUGUACCGGCGCUGGACUCGAGGAGUACCCGAAAGGCAAAGAGCGCCCUUGAAAAGGAGGAGUGCGGUCUACCCAACGGACGUGCGUGAGAGCUGCCCGCCGACCAUGGGGCGCCGCCCGACCCUGCUGCUGCUGCUGCUGCUGCUCGGGGCCGCCGGCGCGUACGACCCCCAGCACUGCCCCCUCGCGGUCGAGUUCUCCUGCCAGGACGGGCAGCCGGCGUACAGCGUGUGCCGCGAGGGGACCUGCACGACCACCGCGCUCUACUACGACGGGUCGCAGGACCUCUCGAGCCACGACGCGAGCAAGUGUCGGGAGCAUAGCUGCACCUCGCACGAUGAUGAUUGUUGCGGCUACGACCACGAAACGUGGUGCGCGGACGGGUACACGCUCGUGCGCGGCAGCGACGGCGGCGGCUGCUGGCCGGGCAACAAGGGGUACCGCUGCCUUCCGCCCGACGCGACGCCCGCGCCGACGUCUAGCGCGACGCCCGUGCCGACACAACACACCGUCUUCAUCGACGGGACGACGCCCCCGGAAAUCGUGCGCGCGUACGACGCGACCGCGUACGACGUCUGCGACGCCUGGGGCGAAUGCCCGCUCACUCGGGCCGUCUGCGAGAGCGACCCGGAGCUCCGGGACAACUGCGAGUGUGCGUCCUACGACCCGUGGCGCCCGGACUGCCGCUACGCCUCGUGCGGCCAGUGCAACUGCGACUGGUGGCACGACCCCCUAACAGACGAUUGCUGCUCGGCGCACUGCUGGCAGGAGUGCUGGGAGGAGGCCUGGCCCGGCAAGGACGGGCUCCCGGGGCCGGGGAACGCCACGCGGAACGCCACGGACCGCGCGACGGGCACGACGUGCUUCAACGGCUCGCCGCUCGCCAUGGGCGAGACCGUGCUGCGGUGCCCGGCGGGCCAAUACGCGCCGCACGAGGGCAGCUGCGUCUGCGUCGCGGACCAGACGCCGCCCGAGCCGCCGCGCUGCCUGUUACGGGACCACGCGGACGACUGGGAGUGCGAGACGUGGGACGGCGAGGAGCACUGCUGGCACGAGACGAUGUGGCACGGCUGGGACGUGGACGGCGCGGCGCAGACGUGCGACGCGCUGCGCUGCGACCCCGCCACGGGGACCAUCUUCUUCGCGGGCUAUUCGAAAUGGGACCACCACUAUCGCGGAGAGGGGCGCCGCAAUUCGGACAAGUCCUUCUGGAAGGAGGAGCCGCUCGCGUGCCUCGUGGCGAGGACGGACGGCGUGUACGCGCGCCAGAGCAUCACUCAGGAGCAGGGCAAGUGGGAAGCGUGGAUGUGGAAGGAAAGGGGCCACUGGGGGCGCUGGCAGGACGUGGCGUCGCCGCUGGGCAACGCGAGCUACUACGGCCGCGUCGUGAGGGCGUGCGCCGACGAGUGCGGCGGCUGCGCCGCCAUCGCGGCCUCGGCGGAGGAGCUGCGACUACUGGCGAAUUUGGAGCGGGCCUACGGGAUGAGCGGCGGCGGGCCCGCCGUCGCGCCGCUGGGCAACGAGGCGGACGCCGCGUGCUUCGGCAAAACCUUCCGGGCCGGCCAUUACCACUAUGACGAUCAGUGGUUCUGGAUCUCGACGGGCCACGCGCUGGUGAUCGCGUUGCUGGCGGUCCUGUGCGUCGUGCCGCCGCUGACGGCGUGCUGCUCGUCGCACGACUGGUGCCCGUGGUACGGGCCGCUGCAGCGGGCGCGCAACAAUUUCGCGGAGCUCUGCCCCGCGCUCGCGAAGUGCCUGGACUUCUGCUGCGUCGGCGUCUGCAACCGGUGCGACGACUGGCGCAAGCGGUGCUGCAAGUUCUGCUGCCGGUGCUGCCGGCGCGAGAAGCCGUGCCCCGUCGUCGCCGCGUCCGGCGCCGUCGAGCUCGCCCCGCUCCACCUCGAGGUCGUCGCGGCCGGCCCGCCGGGCACGGCGAUGGCCGUGCCGCUGCCCGGCGGCGGCGCCGUCCAGGUGGCGGUGCCGGAGGGCCUGGCCGCGGGCGCGACGUUCGCCGUCGCCGUGCCGGUCACGGAGCAGCCCGUGGCCGCCGCGCCGCCGCCGCCGCGGCAGCUCGACGACACGCUCGAGGUCGUGGCGCGGCCGCGGUCCGUGCUGAGGCAGGUACGGCUCGUGCUCUGGAAGCAGCUGCGGGUUAAAUAUAGAAGCCCCUUCGCGAUCCUGGCGCAGCUCCUCUUCCCGGCCCUCUGGUUCGUCUUCAUCUGGAUGCUCUACAUCUUCAUGGCGCGCACGUUCCUUAGCUACAACCUGCGCUGGAACAAGGACCACUACAACUUCGCCUGCAAGCGCUCGGCCGCGCGGACCAAUACAACUUCGACCCGGGCCAAGGGCCGCAUGGGGUCGCGCGAGCGGGGCGACUACAUCUCGCACGGCUACCUGGAGAACUACCUCGCGCCGAUCGCCUUCGUGCCCUUCCUCCAGGUCGUCGUGGUGGGCGUCGUGGUCGAGCACCGCGACAAGCUCGUCGAGGCGAUGCGCAUGGCCGGCCUCAAGCCGGUCUCCUACUGGUCGGCCACGUUCAUCUUCGAGGCGCUGAUCACGGGCUUCUGGAGCGCGUUCCUCGUCGCGUGCGUCGCCGUCGGCGGCCUGUUCAACGCCGCGGGCCACCACGACGACCCCUUCGGCAUCCUGCUGGCGCUGCACUACGUCUACAUCAUCGUGUUGGUAUCUCAAAGCUUCGCGGCGACGAUGCUGCCCGUCCUCCGGUCGCCGACGACCGCGGCCCUGUACGCGCUGAUCGCCCAGGUCGGCUGCCUCGCGUGCUACAACGUCAUGGUCGUCCGGAAGGAGGUGACGUACAAGCGCACGAAGAAGAAGGUCACGCGCAAGGUCUACCCGCUCUUCGAGGCGUCCGUCGAGUCGCAGCGCGCCGCGUCCGUGGUGCCGCAGCUCGGCUACUCGCUCCUCGUGGACUCCUUCCGGUCGCAUCGCGUGCACAAGUGCGAGGUCUCGGCCGGGUACCAGGGCGAGGUCUGGCGGUCGCAGCUCAUGAAGUGCGGCUGGCGCGUCGACCGGACCUGGAGUUCCGUCGCCGCGUGGAAGAACCUCACGGUCCCAGGCGACCCGCUGACUCCGUGGUGCCCCGGGUUCGGGGAAGACGACGGCGACGACGACGACGACGAGCGCCGGCGGCGCCUCGACGAGGAAGACGACGGGGCGGAGCAGGUGUGCGAGCGCCGGCGGCGCCUCGUCGACGCGGACGACGACGACGAUCUCGACGACAACGACCGCGAGGUCUGCCCGAACCCGACGUGCCCCGACGGCAGCGCCGCGACGUGCUGCGACACCGCCGAUGGAGACUGCGACGACGGCGACGACGACUGGUGCUGUGGCACCGACUUCCUGUGCACGAACGAUUCGCCGGACUGGGCCGCGCACCAGGGCGGCGUGCUCUGCUGCUCGCUCGGCCACGCGCCGACGACGCCGAAGACGUGGCCCGGCACGACCGGCUGGUGCCGGUCCGAGCUCGACUUCGAGAUCGGCAAUUACAACGGCACCGAGUGCUGGGCGGCAUGCGAAGCGAUGUUCGGCGCCGAACUCGUGGCCGUCGACUGGGACGCCACCGAUUGCUACUGCCAGGACGCCUGCCUGUGCAUGGACGACCACCUCGACCCCGGCGUGGGCCUCGCGACGCGCGCUUCGCUCGCGACGCUCCCGGACCAGUGCGCCUACGACUUCUGCAAGGUCGAGGUCCGGAGCGAGUACCCGCCCUUCUACGGCGUUACGGACACCGGCCAGGGCCCGCGGCCGCGCGACGCGUGGACCGGCGGCAUCUACGGCAUGCUCCUCCUCGACGUCGUGCUGUACGCCCUGGUGGCGUGGUACCUCUCCCAGGUCUUCUCGGCCGAGGGCGCGUCGAAGAAGUGGUACUUUCCGUUCCUGCCCUCGACCUACGGCUUCGGGCGCGAGGAGGCGCGGGGCGCGGACGUGAGCGAAGAGGACGCGAACCCGAUGCUCGCCGCGGAGGAGGACGAGGACGACGCCGACGCCGAGGCCAAGUUCGACCCGCGGCCGCCGGGCUUCAGGGCGAGCAUCGACGUGCGGCGCCUCUCGAAGACCUUCGGGACGCACCGGGCCGUGGACGGCGUCUCGCUCCAGCUCGCCGAUUCCGAGAUUUUUUGUUUGUUGGGCCACAACGGCGCGGGCAAGACGACGACGAUCGGAGUACUUACCGGUCUGCUCGACCCGGACUACACGACGCGGGGCAUCGCCGCGUUCGGGCGCGACGUCCUGGCGGAGGGCGGCAUGGACUUCCUGCGGGCCACGCUGGGCGUGUGCCCGCAGCACGACGUCCUCUUCCCGCGGCUGACGUGCCGCGAGCACGUCAAGUUCUUCUCCAUGCUCAAGGGCAAGAGUGCGGAGCGGGCGGCGCGCGACGCGGACGCGCUGCUGGACGUGUUCCACCUCAAGGACCGCGGGCGCCACCUCGGGUCCGAAUUAUCCGGCGGCCAGAAGCGCAAGCUGUCCGUGUCCAUCGCGCUGUCGGGGUCGUCGAAAUUCAUUGUGUUAGAUGAGCCGACGGCGGGCAUGGACCCCGUGGCGCGGCGGGAGUUCUGGUCGCUGCUGCGCGGCGUUCGCGAGAACCGCUGCCUGCUGCUGACGACGCACCACAUGGAGGAGGCCGAGGCCCUGGGGGAUCGCGUCGCGAUCAUGGCCGCCGGGUCGGUGCGGUGCGAGGGCUCCGUGGCCUUCCUGACGCGGCGCUUCGGCGCGGGCUACACGCUCAAGGUGGACCCGAUGAACGACGCGGCCGCGAACGCGCUGGCCAAGGCGGGCUCGUCGGCCACGGCGUCGGGGGGCCACCAGAUCCCCAUCAAAUCGGCCGUGGCGCCCCUGCUGGCGGAGCUCGACGCCGCCGGCGUGAGCUACGAGGCGUCGGGCACGACGCUCGAGGACGUGUUUCUGGCGGUCGGCGAAGAUGAAGUGGCACACAACGUCGGCGCGGUCAAGGACUGGAGCCAGGGCUCGGUGCGCGCCGGCGAGAUGGUGAGCGCGGCGCCGAAGCUGUCCGAGGAGCGGCCGGGCUUCGAGGGCCACUUCCGCGCGGUCUUCACCAAACGCCUGAAGCUUGUGAUGAACGACCUGCGCCUGUUCCUGGUGCCCGUGCGCUGGGUCCUGGCGAUCUUGCGGGACUUCGAGGUCGAGGGCGCGGCGCGGCUCCUGGAGAAGCUCGGGCCGCACGGCGGCGGCGCGCGGGGCGUCGUGCUGCUCCUCCUGCCGGGGCUCUGCUCGGUCAUCAUCUGCGCGCUCUACCGGGAUAAAAAAUUAGUGAGCAAGUCGCGGCACCACGCGGACGACCUGGCGAACUUUUACGUGGCGGUGUGCCUCGCCGGCUCCAGUAUUUUCGUGGCGGGCAUCGUGGCGGACUGUGUGGAAAUCAAAACUUACGGCGCGUUCGUGCUGAAUCAUCGCGUCGUCCUCCACGCCAUCGACGCGCCGCCUGCUCGAUGGCGUGGCGGUGCCGGUUCCUCACCGCUCGACCGAGCCAUGACGGCCGCGUCGUCGCCGAGAAACGACUUAGUGAAGAAUUGUCGGGUGCACCCGACGCACUGGUUGAUUUCCACACAGGUGGCGGAGCCGCUGGUGCGGGAGCGGGCGCGCCGGCUGCGGAACCUGCUCUCGGUCAGCGGGCUCGACGCGAGGGCCUACUGGCUCGGGACGGCAGCCGCGGACUACGCGAUUUUAUUUGUGGGCGUCGUCGUCACGCUCAUCGCGCUGAAGAGCGGGAGCGUCGCGCGCAAGGCCGACUCGAGCCACAAGCUGUGCAUAAGUCAAAUCCUCACGGCACGUUCGGAGGUGCCGGCUCCUCGCCGCUCGACGGAGCCAGCACGGCCGCGUUCUCGUCGAGAAAGGACUUAGUGAAGAAUUAUCGGUGCACCCGACUCACUGGUUGAUUUACGCACAGGACCCAAGCACUUCCACAAGGACUACACGAAGCGGGAGCUCUGGGUCGAGGACGAGUGGGUCGUCUUCGUGCUGAUUCUCGCGCCGCUGGCCGUCGUCGCCUUCGGCCACGCCGGCAGCCACGCCUUCAGCGAGCCCGUGAUGACGCUGGCGGGGUUCCCGGUGAUCAGCAUCGCGCUCCUCGUGGCGCCCCUGGUGGUGGCGCUCAUGGUCUGGAUGCUCUUCGGGGGCGUGCUCAUCCCGCGGAAGCGCGCGCCGGCGCUGAAGCAAAUUAAUCUCAACUUCUUCGAGCUCCAGGCGACGUACGCGUGGCUCUGCACGCUGGCGUCGCCCGCGGGGGCCCUGCUCAUGGCGAUGCUGAACGCGGCCAAGAUCCGGCUCCUGCCGGUGCGCGGGUCGGGCUUCGGCAAGGCGUUCCUGGGCGACCCGGACCGGAGGAUCGAGACCGUGCCCGGCGGCGGGGCGCAGACGUCGGCGCCAGGCGCGAUGGACGUCGUCUGGCCGCCGAUGUGGGCGUCGCUCUUCGUGCUGCUCCUGCACGUGCUGGUGUUCGGCGCCAUCGCCUACGCCGUCGACCGCAUGGCCACGCGGCCGCUGCCCUUCAAGAAGGCCAAGCUUUCCAGGCGGCGGCGGGCGAAUCUGGAUCCCGACGUCAUGGCUGAGCGCCGGCGGACCCUCGCCCUCCUGGUCGGCCACGCCGCGGAGGCGGCGGGAGACGGCACGGAGGUGGAGGUCGUGGAGACGGAGGCGGCGCUUCCACCAAAGCCGACGCCGCCGUGGCGGCGCGUCGCGCAGCGCGUCGCGGACCGGCUGGCGGCCAAGGUCCGGGCCGUCCGGGCGGCGAUGACGAACCGCCUCUCGCAAAAUGAAGACAGGGCCCCGGACCUGAAGAGCGCGUGGCCCGGCCUCGGCGCCUUCGAGCUGCGGAAGAUCUACCCGCCGCAGCGAUUCGGCGCCAAGGCCGUGGAGGCGGUGCAGAACCUGACGUUCUCCGUGGCGCCGGGCGAGGUCUUCGGGUUGCUGGGCGCGAACGGCGCGGGCAAGUCGACGUCGAUCAGCAUGAUCGUGCGGGCGGUCGAGCCCCAUAGCGGUCACGCGACGGUGUCGGGCAAGUCGGUGCUCGACGAUUUCGCGGGCGCGAGCCGCGGUUUAGGAGUUGUGAACCAGCACAACACGCUCUGGGACGACCUGUCCUGUUUGGACCAUUUGCUCUUCUUCGCCGCGCUGCGGACGAAGGUCGGGCACGAGCGCAUCGCGUUGACGACGCUCGCGCAGCUGGAGCUGAGUCAUCAUGCUCACAAGAUGGCCGGCCGCCUGUCGGGAGGCAUGAAGCGCAAGCUGUGCUGCGCCGUCGCGCUGGUCGGCGACCCGCACGUUGUUCUGCUGGAUGAACCGUCGGCGGGCUUGGACCCCGUCUCGCAGCGGAACCUCUGGAACCUGAUCAAGUCGACGAUGACGGGGCGGGCGGUGCUCCUGACGACGCAUUCGAUGCUCGAGGCGGACGCCCUAUGCGACCGCAUCGGCAUCCAGGUCCGGGGCCAGUUCCACUGCGUUGGCAGCUGUGCAUAAAUCAAAUUGUCGCGGCGCGUCCGCCACUGCUAUCUUCAUGGCCUCCACGCCAUCGACGCGUGCAUCCGACUGACUGGUUGAUUUGUGCACAGGUCGGCAGUCCGCAGCACUUGAAAGAUCGGUACGCGUCGGGCUACGAGCUCGUCGCGUACCUCGAGACCGAAGACCACGAACCAGCGCUCGGCGCGUAUCUCCGGUCCAAACUCGAGGCGGCGGGCUGCGGCUGCGCGCUCGCCGGGCUCGCCGCGGGCGUCGCGACCUACGAGCUGCAGGGCGAGCGGCCCCUGAAGCACGCCUUCGCGUGCCUCGAGGACGCCGACGCGCGGGCGCGGCUGGGCGUCCGCAGCUUCCGGGUGGACCGCGCGUCGAUGGAGAAGGUCUUCAUCCGCAUCGUGGGCGAGGGCGGCGACGAGGACCUGGACACGGACGCGACGAACGCCAUGGGCCGCUCGGUGGCGCAGGCGCUCCAGGACGACCAGGAGGAGGAUUUAGAGUUGGCGCGGGACCUCGCAGCCGUCGGCUUCGACGAACCGCGGGACUGCUGCGGCAUCCUGACGCGGUUCGGCCACGCGUCGUUGGCGCGGUACUCGUGCGCCAUGUGCUGCGGCACCUACGUCUACUGGUGCAUGGGCCUUUUUAUUCAGGGCAUCAUUCCGUGGCUAUUCUGCUGCUGGUUCUGCGAGCUCUGGUGUGUCUGCGGCGUUUGGCACUGGAUUUGCUGCUGUUUCGCGCUGCGUGGAAAUCAAAAUUUUACGGCGCGUUCGUGCUGAAUCAUCGCGUCGUCCUCCACGCCAUCGACGCGACGCCGGCUCGAUGGCGUGGCGAUGUCGGUUCCUCGCCGCUCGAGGGAGCCAGGACGGUCGCCGUCGCCGAGAAAUGACUCCGGUUCCACACAGGCUUCACGAAAAAUCCCGACGGAAAGAAGACGUCGUGGGCGUCGCUCUGCUCGCAGCUCUGCUGCGUCAUCACGCCGUUCCUGAUCAUGGUCAUAGUCGUUAUGCUCAUCUGAUAGCUCUUCCCCCCCACGUCGACCCCCUCCUCCUAACACAACUUGCUAGUUA